AUGAUUGCAACCACGAUCCGCACCCCGCCGUCGCUGGCCGACUUUCUGCCCCUCGCCGAGUACCAGUCGCAGACGCCCGAGUCCUUUGUCGACGGCAAACCCGUGCUGCAUCUGCACAUUAUUGGCGCUGCGGCCUCGGCGCCCAAGGAGCAGGUUACCGGCGGCGCGCUGGCCGUUUUUCCCGCUGAUUCACCUGCCCCCGCCGACGCCGACGCCGACGCGGAAGAGCUCGUCGAGCAGCAGGUCGACGUCUACGUCACCUCCGAAACCUUUACCAUCUUUAGCCCCGCCGCCGAAGCUGGCGUCUCGAUACCCUACCCCUCCAUCUCGAUCCACGCCAUCAAGCAGCUCCCCUCCAGCUCACCCGCCGUCUGGAUGCAGUUGGAGCUCUCUGACAGGGGCUCCUCUGACGAUGACGACUUUCGCCUCAUCGAGCUCACCAUUGUUCCCCCGGCAGCAUCUGACACCGACACCGCUUCCAAGCUCUACGAAGCCAUUGCGGCGUGCUCCAACCUUCAUCCCGACCCGGCCGGCGCUGACGACGAAAACGACGACGCCGACUACCGUGACCGCAUCGUGUUUGAGGGCAGCGCCGAGCAGCACGAAGCUCUCGAGGGGUUCCAGGGCGUGCUGCGCGGCGCCGCGGAUGGCGGGCUGCCGCCGCCAAUGCCCGGCAGUGGGGGCUGGAUCACGGCGGAGAAUGUCAGCGAGUACUUUGACGACGAGGGCAAUUGGAUUGGACCGGGCGCCGAGGUGGGCGGUGAGGAAGAGAGCGCGGAGCUUGGAGAGGGCGCGGGUCGGACGAGAGCGCGUGACGAGAUCGAGGUGCAAGGGGGCAUCAAUGGGCACGGCGCGGAGGAGGAUGCCGAGAGCAAGCGUCAACGAGUAGAGUAG